UAUAGGACCACCAAUUUAACUACAAAAAUCAAUUUUCAUUCAUAUUUGUGAAAUUUGAACAUUAAAUGAUGUCCUCCUUCAAAUUCAGAUGCAACUUAUUAGGAGUUUGGAUGAAGAAAUUUAAAGUUCUUGGGACAUUCGAAAUGAGAUAGAUAGCAAAUUUUCUUGUUUGGAUAAAGAUUUUCAUAUCUAAAUAUUUCUAAACACAGUUAAGAAUGUUCCUAAACAGAAAUUUAGUGUAAUUAACGAAAUAAAAAUGAAGCAAUCAGAUAUAACUUUUUCUCUUGGUUUAUAGGAAAAAGAAAUGGAAAAUGGGGUAAUUUUGUAACUCCCUAUUAUCAAUAAUUGUGUGAUUUUUAUUUUAUAUGUAAGAGAAGAUUGUAAAAAUAUUUAGGUAGAGAUUAGAUUGAGACCAUGGAAGAACCUGAGAUCACCACCCCUCUCAUACCAAAGGAUGAGAAGAUUGAAGAUGUUAGCCUCCCUUCGUCCUCACGAUCCGAUGAUCACCAGGUCAAACAAUUGCUGCAUCAUGAAGCAACAGAGGAAAACUCAACGGUCAGACAGGUGGCUCUGACGGUGGCGACCACCGACGACCCCACCCUCCCGGUCCUCACGUUCCGGAUGUGGGUUCUGGGAGUGUUGUCUUGCAUAAUUUUAUCUUUCUUGAACCAGUUCUUCUGGUACCGCACGGAGCCUCUGGCCGUCUCCGCCAUCUCGGCCCAGAUCGCGGUGGUCCCUCUGGGGAAAUUGAUGGCGGCGAAGCUGAGCCGGCGCGUGUUCUUGAAGGGUACGCGGUGGGCGUUCACGUUGAAUCCUGGACCGUUCAAUGUGAAGGAGCAUGUGCUCAUCACUAUAUUUGCAAACUCGGGUGCGGGAACUGUAUAUGCCAUUCACGUGGUUUCGGUGGUUAAGGUGUUCUAUAAAAGGCACAUCACUUUUUUUGUUUCGUUUUUAGUGGUUGUAACAACUCAGGUGUUAGGGUUUGGAUGGGCUGGAAUAUUCAGAAGGUACUUGGUGGAGCCGGCAUCUAUGUGGUGGCCGGCAAAUCUCGUCCAAGUUUCAUUAUUCAGGGCUCUGCACGAGAAAGAAGAACGGCCCAAAGGCGGGGUGACACGUACCCAAUUCUUCCUCAUUGCCUUCAUGUGCAGCUUUGCUUACUAUGUCUUUCCUGGCUACUUAUUUGAAAUGUUGACCUCUUUCUCUUGGAUCUGUUGGAUCUUCCCCCAAUCUGUCCUAGCCCAACAGCUUGGCUCUGGUCUAUAUGGGCUUGGAAUUGGUGCUCUUGGCUUUGACUGGUCUACUAUCUCCUCCUACCUUGGAAGCCCACUAGCAAGUCCAUGGUUUGCCACAGCCAAUGUUGCUGCUGGAUUCUUCUUUAUUGUGUAUGUUUUGUCUCCCCUCUCCUACUGGCUCAAUCUCCAUAAAGCAAAAACCUUCCCAAUAUAUUCAAAUGACCUCUUCACGUCGACGGGUCAAAUUUACAAUAUUUCAACCAUCAUUGACUCCAAUUUCCACCUUGAUGUCGCAGCAUAUGAGCGAGAAGGACCUCUAUACCUCAGUACAUUUUUUGCCAUUACUUAUGGCGUUGGCUUCGCAACACUAUCUGCCACAAUUGUACAUGUGCUACUAUUUCAUGGAAGAGAAAUAUGGGAGCAGAGCAAAUCAAGUUUUCAAGAGAAGACAAUGGACAUACACACAAAACUCAUGAGUAAGUACAGGCAGGUUCCUGAGUGGUGGUUUUGGUGCAUCCUUGUGGGAAACAUUGCAUUAACUGUCUUUGCCUGUGAGUACUACAAUGAGCAGCUUCAGUUGCCUUGGUGGGGUGUUAUAUUAGCAUGUGUGAUUGCCUUUUUAUUCACUCUUCCUAUUGGAAUUAUCGUUGCCAUCACUAAUCAGCAACCAAGCUUGAACAUCAUCACAGAGUAUAUAAUUGGGUAUAUCUAUCCAGGCUAUCCUGUGGCUAACAUGUGCUUCAAGGUGUACGGCUGCAUAAGUACGACUCAGGCUAUCACCUUCCUGCAAGACUUCAAGCUUGGGCACUACAUGAAAAUUCCACCUAGAACAAUGUUCAUGGCACAAGUAGUGGGAACGGUUAUAGCUUGUAUCGUGUACUUGAGCACGGCGUGGUGGUUAAUGGAAAUGAUCCCUGACAUAUGCGAAUCAACAUCCUCUAUAUGGACUUGCCCUCAAGAUGCUAUCUUCUAUGAUGCAUCUGUGAUCUGGGGUUUGAUUGGGACUCGUAGAAUUUUUGGAAAUGAUGGCACUUACGGGGCAGUCAACUGGUUCUUCCUUGCAGGAGCAAUUGCUCCUCUUCUCGUGUGGUUGGCUCACAAGGCAUUUCCUAAUCGAGAGUGGAUUGGACUCAUCAACAUCCCGGUCCUGAUAGGGGCCACAUCGUAUAUGCCACCUGCUACUGCAGUUAACUACACUACUUGGAUAGUUGUUGGCUUCUUGUCUGGCUUUGUUGUAUAUAGAUACAGACCAGACUUAUGGAGGCGUUACAAUUAUGUUCUUUCUGGUGGACUGGAUGCUGGUCUGGCUUUUAUGGGUGUGCUAUUGUAUUUGUGCUUGGGCUUACAGGGAAUCAGUGUUGAUUGGUGGGGAAAUGACCUCGAUGGCUGUCAAUACGCAACCUGUCCGACUGCCAAAGGGGUUGUGGUUGAGGGUUGUCCAGUAGUCUACUGAUUGUAGAUUAUGAAGAAACAAAAUGGUUCUGUAGUUGCAAGUUUUGUGGCCUUAUCUAUGUAAAUACUUUUUAUUCAUGGUUUA